ACGCCGCUCUUUCCAUUCACAUUUUAGCAGUGUCUAGAGGAUUACGAAAGCUCGGAUCGGGAGACAAAUCAGAGUCUACUCGAGUCUUUCGAACACCGACAGAAUGGAGCAGGAGGUUGUAAGGCUCCGGUGCCAGCGAAUCGGCUGCAACGCCUUCUUCACCGAACACGAUAACCCCGAAGAUUCCUGUCAAUACCAUGCUUCUGGACCUAUAUUUCAUGAUGGAAUGAAAGAAUGGAGUUGUUGCAAGAAAAGAAGUCAUGAUUUUACCUUAUUUUUAGAAAUUCCAGGUUGUAAGACUGGUAAACACACAACUGAGAAACCUGUGCUAGCAAAGGCUACUCCAAGUCCGAAGACUCCAAUUUCUACUCCUGUUGCAUCUACUACGACCAACAUGUCCUCUAAAGAAUCUUGUCCUAGGUGCAAGCAGGGUUUCUUUUGCUCAGAUCAUGGUUCACAGGCCAAGCAAGCUGCUCCUGUUAUAAACAAUGCAGGUAAACAGGUGUCGUCUGCACUGCCAAAGAAGGUAGUUGAUAUAAACCAGCCUCAAACCUGCAAGAAUCAGGGGUGUGGUCAAACUUUCAAAGAAAAGGAUAAUCAUGAAACUGCCUGUAGUUAUCAUCCUGGGCCUGCUGUUUUUCAUGAUCGAUUGAGAGGGUGGAAGUGUUGUGAUGUUCAUGCGAAGGAGUUCGAUGAAUUCAUGAGCAUUCCGCCUUGCACCAAGGGAUGGCACAACGCUGAUCCAGUGUCUUGAGCUGGAGAACAUGAUGGAAGUUUUUCUCCGCUAUUCCUUCUACUUCAAAAUUUUGUAUUCAAGACAACACAUUCUCUUACGUGUCUGUUCCACUGGAACUAAUCUUUCUAGUGGGCCUCCUGUCUUCUGUUUUCCUUUCCCCCUUAUUUUUUCACUUGAAAAACUGUUGUUACAGUGUGGAAUCCUACUUUUGGUACGAUGGUGUGACUUACUUCAACAAUUGAUAAUGUAGAACCUAGCUAUUAAAAGUUAAAUGAUCUUCCGACUUCAGUAUUUUUGAA